AUGGGACAAAAAGUUCAUCCUUUGAUAUUUAGAAGUAAUAUUUAUAAAAAUUAUUUGAAUAAUUUUUAUAUUAAUAUUAAUAAAAAUAAAUAUUAUUUAAUUAAUAUAUUAUUAAUAUAUUUUUUAUAUUAUAAUUUAUAUAGAGUAUUUGAUUAUAAAUAUAAUUAUUAUAUUAAUAUUAAUAUAUAUUUUUAUAUUAAUAAAUUUAUAGUAAUAUUUUUGUUAUUUAAUUAUAUAAAUUUAAAAUAUAUUUUUAUAUUAUUUAAUUAUUUUAAUUAUUAUUAUUAUAAUAUUUAUAAUUUUAUAUGUUAUUUAAAAAUUAAAUAUAUUAAUAAUUAUUAUAAUAAUAUUAAUGUAAUAAUGUUUUAUGUAAAAAAAUAUUAUAUUAAAUAUAAAUCUUUAAAAUUAAUAUUUGAUUUUAUAUAUAAUAAUUUUUUAAAAUAUAAUAAUAAUAUUAAAGGGUUAAAAAUAAAAGUUUCAGGUAGGUUUAAAAAUAAUUUAAAAACUAAAACAGAAAUUUACAUUUAUGGAAUAAUAUCUUUAAAUAUUUUAAAUAAUAAUAUUAAAUAUUUAAAUAAUAUUAUAAAUACUAAACAAGGUAUUUUAAGUAUAAAAAUAUGGUUAAAUAAUUAA